AGCAGGAGCAGGAGCAGGAGCAGGAGGGGGGGCGGGGAGAUCCAGGCUGCCCGGCGGCUCCGGCCCACCUCCCGUGGCGAUGCUUGACAUAUCGAAUCAAGGAGGAUUUGGAGUUGACUCCGGGGUCUGGAAUCGAACAACUUCGUUUUGAGAGCCCCUCCCCCGCAUGUGGAAGAUCCAUUCGAGUGCGCACGCGCGGACGCUGGGCUCUGGCUGCUGUAUCGCUGAGUGAUAAGGCAUGUGGAUGGGUGGCGGCGUUGCAGUUUGCGGCCAGAUUUGUAGGAGUAUUUGUAAAUUGGUAGAAAACUUUAGAGUCUGAAAGAUUGAACUGAACCAUAUGUAAGUUUCUGUGACUACACCCACGAUGCCGUGUUUACAACACAUGUAAGCCUCGAACCUGCAGAAGUUAUACUUAGUUUAACACUAAAUCGUAUUAAACAACAUACUUGUUCAUAUUUCAUUUUGCUUUAUACAUUUUCGUGUCGUUUUGUCUAGCUGUUUAAAGGUGUAGGCUGACAAACUAAUGCUGUUCAUACACUGCACGACUUUGAAAAUCACUAUUCACAAGACUGCAACUAGAUUCUCCUGAGAUUAUUUCCAAUCAUGCUUCUGGUGGAGUUUACUUAUACAAUGACUUUAAAUACUUUGUUUGAAAUACUGUACAUAUUAAAGUGAGAACCAUAUACCUGUUAACUGCAAAAUGUGUUCUUUUUUUAAUUGUUUGUGAACAGUCACGUAAAAUAUAUUCUUGCAGCUUCCUCUAGCUCUACUAUUGGCUGUUGACAUUGUUCUUGUCACUAUUUGCACGGCCCAAGUCUCAGGACUUUAUUAAAUAUUUAUAUUAAACCCGACUGACUAAAACUUUCAGUCGUAACCACCUUACACUAAACGAUCGAGAUGACGUGACCGCAACUCGACUGCAGCUCAACUCUAGCAAGACUUGUGAUUUUAUCCUGAAAUUUGUCUUCGACAGAGAAAUCGUUUGAAAAUCAUUAGGUGUAAGGUCGGCAUAAAGCAAAUAAAUCCUGUGACCUGAAUUUUACAGAAGACAAAUGUAUUUAUAUAGCACCUUCAUAACCAGUGGUAAUUCUGAGUACUUUAGAAAAACAGGAGUAAACAUAAAACAUUAAAACACAGUAAAGCAAAAACGCAUUUAAAAAUGAUUAUACAUAAUGCCAUCAUUAAAAAGCAGUAUAUAGUACAUUUAAAAGAAAUUAACACAACAAAUAUGGCAGUUAGUGUGAUUGUGUGAAUAUAGUGGCAGCCAUUAAUGUUGAUCUAAAACUUAUGUGUUUAGUUUUGUUUCUGCUUCAGAGUUUGGUUGUUGUUUGUUUACUGUGGUGCUUUAAGGUAGCGGAAAUAUCUUCACUAGAUGAGGAUAUAAGGUUCCUACACUAGAAUUUAUAGAUUUAAUAGAUUUAACAAUCCAGCCUCGAGCAGGUUUGCCUUGCUUCUUUAUGUGUGUUUUAGGGAGGCAGACAACAGACACCAGUUAUGUUGCAAGCAGUUUAGCUCUUUACUCCAGGUCUCAUAACAUGACAUGACAGCUGUUUGUGCAGUUCACUGUUGUAUUUACUGCUGUUUAUGUCCUAAAGGAUAGUUUCUGCUUCAUCAUCUAAAGGACAAUCUACCUGAGAGGGAGACAGUGGACCUCUAUAUAUUUGUGGGGCCCUACGCAGCGUUCAUAUAGAGGGUGUAGGACAGUCCGGCUCUGAGUGUAGUAAACUGCUGACUCUAUAUGGCAUCACAAUGAACACUGGGUUUAUUAUUUAGCUAGUUGACGUCUUAUAUCUUGUGGAGUUCAGCAAAUUGUCAGCUAGCACACCAAUUUGAGAUUUGGGGGUUUGUAUACCAAACAGUGGUGCAUAUACCACCCCUGGCCUAUGUAAUGUUGGUUUAAAUGUCAUUUCGUUUACAAUUAAUAUAGUUUGCUUUGUUAUAGAUUUAGGCAUGGCCUCUAAUCUAGGACGUCAUCUGGUCGCCUGCCUACUGAACAUCUCUGAGGCCCGGCAGAAGAGUUUAGUGGAAAGUGUGGCUCAAGCAGCAAUUACUGACAAACAUGGAAGAAGACGAAAGGGCACAACAGUUCUUAAUAUCUUCAGUGACUACAACUACAAUCGCUCUGUCAUCACAAUUGUGGCCAGCAUUACCCUCAUCAAAGAGGCAGUUUUCUGCGCAUGCGAGAAAGCAUUCUCUCUGAUUGAUAUGGACCAGCAUGUUGGUGUUCACCCCUGUAUGGGAGCCGUGGACCUUGUACCCUUUUACCCUCUGGGAGAGGAGGUGGAUUUGGAGGAUUGUGGGAAAGAGGCACAAGGUUUGGCCACUGCUCUGACCGAGCGAGUUCUGGGCACCAGUGCAUUUUUCUUUGGCUGGGCAGAUGUACCACUGCGUCGAGGUCUUGCUCAGAGGAGAAAGGAGAUGGGCUGGUUCCAGAAGAUUCCAAACAUGGCAGCCAGCCAGCCAGAUAUUGGACCUCAACCUACGAGACAAUAUGGGCUAACAGGGAUUGGUGCCAGUCCGUAUGUAAUGAACUGUAAUGUAACCAUUAAUACCCCGGAUCUUGCCGUGGGCCGGGGUGUGGCUGCAGCGAUCCGAGAGUCCAGUCCAGGUGGUAUUCCGGGUGUACAGGUUAUGGCUCUGCCGCACAAAGGUACUGUGGAAAUAGCCUGUAAUGUAGAAAGUGUUCAAAUGGGUUCUCUAUCCAGUCCAGCUGUUGGUAUAGAACCGUGGCCAGCGUUCAGUAUUGGGGAUCGGACCUUAUUUCACGCUCCAGCCUCGCUGAUCACUGCCCGUGUUACAGAUCUGGCCAGUCGCAGUGGAGUGACUACUAAGGGAACAGCAUUAGUGGGGUUCACUCCACUGGAGUGCAGGACACUGGCUCAAAGAGCACUGGAUCAUGACAUUGGAGAAUUCUGGAAGAUUAUGCACAGUUUACAAAUGUAACUGCAAGGGUAACAAAUAUUAAAGUCUAUUACAGGCCAUAAUUAACACUUAAUUAACUUUUAUCUAAAAGUAUAGAAAAUAUCACCUUGCUUACUUUGUGGAAAUAUAUUAAAUCAUAACCCUUGUACCAUGAUACACUAUCAUAUUGGCAAGUUCUUGCCAAUACACAGCCCUAGUCAACUCUAUUUUAGUAAAUCUUAUAUAAUUAGUUUUUCAUUUACUAAUAUUACUUUUCUUUUUGUUUAUUUGUUUGUGCUGUCUUGUAUAUACAUUUGUCUAACCAUUUUGUUUUGUUGUGACAUUAUGCCUAUUACAAUAAUGAUGUUAUUGAGUUACUGUAAGAGUAAUUCUACAGUAUGUGGACAUAACUUCAAUACUUGUCACAUACCUUUAUAUCACCCAGUGUGUUUAUUAGGCAAGCUGAGCCCAUUAACAUGAAUAAACUGAUAUAUCGAUUGUUUAUAAAUGUGCUUUAUUUAUAAUAAUAAUAAUACAUCAAUAAAAUGUUUGUAUUUUAA